AUGCAUCUACUCCAAAUAAAUAAUAAAAAAUUAAAUAAAAAGUGCGAACAGAAUAUGCAUCCUCCUAAAGAAAACAAAAAGAAAGUUUUUCAUCCUCUUCUUUAACUCGUUAAGAGCAAUCCUUUAAAACUGAAAAAACUAGAUUCAAAUAUUCUUACAUAAAGUAUCAAUAUGGUUACAUUAGAAGAAAAUUAAACUACCUUAGAAACAUUAAAAUAAUUUGAACCAAAGUAGAAGCAAAGUAACAUAAAAACAUUUAUUAGAGUGCGUCCUUUAAAUAAAAUGGAACUAGAAUUUAACGAAAACGGUACAGGCAGCCAAAACAUUAAUUUCCCAGAUAAUAAAUCUGUUUAAAUAAUGCCUGAAAAAUCAUUAUAUACUCUCGAUAAAGUAUAUACACCGGAAACUCCAUAAUCUAUAAUAUAUGAAGAAGUAGGCCGAGAAAUGAUUAAAGAUGUUCUCUAAGGUUAUAAUGGUACAAUAUUUGCAUACGGCGCAACUGGUUCUGGUAAAACACACACAAUGUUCGGUGAUAUCUAAAAUCCAGAAAACCGUGGAAUAAUUCCUCGUGUUUCAAGUUAAAUAUUCGAAUAUAUUAAUACCCAAGAACAAGAUAUAGAAUUCUUAAUAACAUGUAGUAUGUUAGAAAUAUACAAAGAGUAAUUAUUUGAUUUAUUAAAUGUAAAAAGAGUUGGUUUAAAAAUAAAAGAAAUGUCACAAAAAGGUGGUAUAUUUGUCCAAGGAUUGACCAAUAUAUCAGUUGAAAGUGAGGAAGAUAUUCUCGAUUCAAUAAAUUUGGGAUAUUAAAGUAAAUAAACGCGAGAAACCUGCAUGAAUGAAUACUCUUCACGAUCUCAUACUAUAUUUACAAUAAAUGUGACCCAAAGAUUAUCCAAUGGAUAGGUUAAAACCGGAAAACUUAACCUUGUGGAUCUUGCUGGAAGUGAAAAAUUAGCUAAAACAUAAGCCACAGGAGAAAGUUUAGAAGAAGCAAAAAAAAUAAACCUUUCAUUGAGUUGUUUAGGUAACGUAAUUCAUUCAUUGACUACUUUCUAGGAACAUAUACCUUAUAGAGAUUCUAAAUUAACGAGAAUUUUGUAAGAAAGUCUUGGAGGUAAUUUCAAAACGUCACUAAUAGCGACUAUUUCACCACAUUCGAGUUCCCAUGAAGAGUAAAUUAGUACAUUGAAAUUUGCUACUAGGGCUAAAACUAUAAAAAAUAGAGUAAAAAUGAAUGUAACUUUGUCACAUGAGUAAAUGAAAAAGCUCAUAGAAUAACUUAAGAAUGAAUUGGAAAAAAGCUAAAGUUAAAAUGCGAAAUACAAAUAAAUUAUUUAAAAAUUAAAAGAGAGAAACAUUAAAACUAUCGAAGACCUUAUUCAUAUUGCAGAAAAUGUGGAAAAAUAAGUUGAUAAAAUAGAUGAAAAAGAUGUAAAUGAAAAUAUUCUUUUAAAUUUAAAUAAUAGAUAAAAUAAUAAUUCAGAUAAUGAAGAUUCGGAUUGUGAAUAAUAUCAUAAUAAUAAUUCUAAUAUUAAUGAUUAAAUUAUAAGCAUUUAAAAUAAAUAAAAGAAUACAAACAAUAAAAAUGAUAACGUUAAAAAUAUAGAUUAUAAAUAAUAUUAUCAUGAAAAAGUUAUGCAAUGUAGAAACUAAGAAAGGGAACUUAUGGAAAAGAAAAAAGAACUCCUUGAAUCUGAAAGUAAAUUAGCUUAAGUAAAAGAAGAAAAAAAUUAAUUAGAGUUUAAGUUUACUAAAUAAAUUACAAAAAAUGAUUAUAAUAAAUUUGAAAUUGAAAUUUUAUAAAAAUAAGUUUAAUCUUUAAUUGAUUCCAUUUGUAAAUAAGAAAAUACUAUUGGAACUUUGAUGAAAGAUAAAUAAUAACUAUGUAAAAAACAAACAAACAAAUAAAAUAUUUUUAUAUAUAAAAAACCAAAAAAAAUAGAAUAGUCGAAAAUAGAUGACUAUUUAACUUAAAAAUUAAACUUUACAGAAAUUCAUUUUUCUGAAUAUUUCAAAAAUAGUAUUAACUUUAAUUACGAUAAUCUUGUUUAAAAAUGGUCUGAAGUUUAAAAAAAUAUAAGGACAAUAGAAGUUUAAUUUCAAGAUAUUCCCAACUUAAAAACCUUAUCAGAAAACUAAAAAACUUUUGACUAAGCCUAAGAAAUGAUUCGAGGUUCUUUUAUAGGAAAUUUAGACUUUAAUACAUUAAAUAAGACUUCUGAAAUGUUAGAAGAAAUAGUCGAAUUUCCAGGUUAAUUAGAAAAACUUAACUAAAAACAUCCUAUAUCAAGAGAUGUUAUGAUAAUAUUAUUAAAAAAACAAAUAUUUAAAAGAAGAAUUGAAGAAGUUGAAUUGGAAACUUAAUUUGUUAAAGAAAAACUAAAUACAUGUUAUUCAGAAAAAAAUCCUACCAAAUCAAAAAUUAUUAAAGUAUCUGAUACCUUAACUAAUCUACUUAUGAGACCUUCAAGUGAAGAUUCAAUUUAAAAAAAUAUGCUUCCUUUAACUUAUGAUAGAGCUAUGGAAGAGCUAAAAAACAGAAAUUAAUUAAUAAAGAAAAUAUAUUAGGAAUUAAAUAAUAAUUAUUAUAAUGGGGUCAAUUAGGAAUUCAUUGAAUAAAUAAUUAAAGAAAAAGAAAGAUUAGAAACAAAAAUAGUUUCUUUAUAAAAUGAAUUAAAAAUGUAAAUGAGCAAAUCAGAACAUUAUUUUGAUGCUUACAAAGCUGAAAAAUAAAACUUUAUUUUACAAAAGGAAUAAAGUAAAGCUUUAGAAUAAUUUUUAGUUAAUAAAAUGAAAGAAGAAAGUGAGGCCAUAGAAAAAACUUAUAAAAAAUUUUAUAAAAUUAUCUGA